AUGUAUCUUACACUCUCUAAUAUCCUGAAAACGCUAUUCACUGGAGGCUAUGAGAACAAUUCUCAACCACCAAGCAAUAUCAAUGACGACCACACAUACAUCAAAGGCAACAUCGAGAAUCGAGGACCCUGUCCAGGCCUGAACGCGCUUGCCAACCAAGGCUAUUUACCACGCGACGGAAAGCAUAUAACCUUGCCACAAGUGCAGCAUGCCCUGAUGACAGCUUUGCACAUGGACUGGCUUGCUGCUGCUUCUCUCGUUUCGAGCCUCCCGCCAUUAUGCCGCAAAGAUGGCACAUUUGACUUGGUCGACACCCGCCACCACAAUGUAAUUGAACAUGACUCCUCUUUCACUCGUCUUGACUUUCAUCAGGGUGACAACUACACACUGCAAGAGGACAUGCUGCAGGCGAUGAUUGAUGAUGCGGAAGGCCACCCGGUUACUUUGCGAUCCUUGGCCAAGACAUUCAUUCGUCGGGACAAAGAGUCUCGCGCCGCUGGAGCGCCCAGACUGCCCUUGAAUUUAUGGUUUGUGCGAGUACUCCAGUCAGUCGGUGUCAUGAAUACAGCUCAGACAGGCGGAAUAUUGACAAAAGAGGUGCUGCAUGCUGUCUUUGUCGAAGAGAGGUUCCCGGAUAUCAUCCUUGAAAAUCCAACACCUCGGACUGUAUUCACGUUGCUUGGAAACGCUUUCGGGAUGAUGCGCUAUGUCAUAUUUGGACCGUAG